GUAACCAAAGUGUGAUUCUUGUCUUGCAUUUCCGAGGCACAAAGAAGAAAAUGGUUACCUUUCUUCAUUCUUUUUCUCCUCGCCCAUUCUUCUUCUGUUGCUUCCUCCUCCUACCACUUUUGCUCUUGCUUUUGCUCUUGGUACCACCUUCUACUUCUUCUUCUCCUUCAGGUUCUCCAAAUGACAAGGUAACCAUGUCAGUCUACUACGAAAGUUUAUGUCCCUAUUGUGCUGAUUUCAUAGUGAACCAUCUUGUGAGGCUCUUCCAAACGGGUCUUAUCUCUAUUGUGAACCUAAGAAUGGUUCCUUGGGGCAACGCUUGGAUUGCACCUGAUGGCACUCUUGUUUGUCAGCAUGGAGAAGAUGAAUGCUUUCUAAACACGAUCGAGGCGUGCGCUAUAACAAUCUAUCCUGACGUGGUACAACAUUUCAGAUUUGUACGCUGCUUGGAGCGUCUCACCUUAGAGAAUAGACAUAGUGCAUGGGUUAACUGCUUCCAAAUGACUGGGUUGGCCAAAUCGCCUAUUGACUGCUACACGAGUGGCAUUGGCAAAGCUAUUGAACAAAAACAUGCUAAGGAAACUGCUCAGCUUAAUCCUUCCCAUAGAUUUGUUCCAUGGGUGGUUGUCAACAACCAAGCACUCCAAGAGGACUACCAAAAUUUUGUGACUUACGUUUGUAGGGCUUACAAAGGCAAUGUGAAACCAGAUGCUUGUAGGUCAUUUGCACCAAAACCCUAUGACCCAAAUGAAAAAACCAAUUCCUUUCAACCGGUUUGCUAUGCAGAUAAAGCAAGAAAUCUGACCUUACCAUUGGUCACCAGAUUAAGGAGUAAAUCCCCAUGAAAAUGAAGUUGGAAUAUAUUUUUAGUGUGAUUCAUGUACCUGUAUUAAAGCUUUCACUUUGGAAGCAAGACUUAAGCUCGUGACUAAAUAAUAGGUUGAUUCCAUGACAUGCCAAGUACUACGGAAGUGUAAAUUAUCGUAACAUGUAGAAUUAA